CUGCUAGUGGACGCGCUGUUCCACAUUCGUGUUUUCUCUUUCACGUUUUUUUUUUGUCGUCGUCACUUUCUUUCUAAUUGUUUUCUCACGUCUCUUUCUGAGUUUGUUUUCUUUUUUUUCUGACUCACCAACAAGCGUUCACCCAUCACGAGCUACAGAGUUAUAGACGAAGAAGCUGAACGACUGCAUCAUUCAAUCACUGGCAGAGAAAAAAGAAAAAAGCGAAAGAAAAAAAAACAAACAAUCAACGAUGAAAACGACGAAUGGCGGUUACGUGGUGUCCAAAUGCAGGGCGUUGCUCUUGUUGAUCGCUUUUAUUGGUUCGCUUAUUGCCGUCGGUUUGCUGGUCUACUUCCUGGCCGACCGACCUGCGGCCGGCAGCGUUACGAAUGGAGUAUCAACUGCCUCUCCUUCUACCUCCAGCAAAGCCGAAGUGAUUAGCAAUAAGAAUGUCCGUCUGCCUCGGGCUGUUUUACCUAUCCGUUACGAUGUCCGACUCUUCCCCAUCCUGGAGAAAGGCAAUUUCUCCAUUUUGGGUCACGUGUCCAUCGAUGUCCAUUGCAAAAUGGAAACGGACCGCAUCGUUUUGCACAGCGCCGACAUCGUCGUCGAUCCCAAAUCCGUCAAGGUAAUGGAACACGGCAAAACAAUGAAAUCGUUGAUGGUUGCUAGCGACGGCAUCCAUUACGACACUGAAAUGGAGUUUCUCGUCAUUCGUCUUUGUCCUAAACACAAGGACAAGCUGGUCAAAGGAGCCAACUACACGCUGUCGAUGAAUUUUGUCGGUAACCUCACCGAUCAGCUGCGGGGCUUGUACCGUUCCACUUACAAAGAAGACGGCGUUGAAAAGUACAUGGCCGUCUCUCAAAUGGAACCGACGGAUGCCCGACGAGCUUUCCCCUGUUUCGAUGAGCCCAAUAUGAAGGCAAUUUUCUCCGUCACUCUCGGCCGCCAUCGUGACAUGACGGCCCUUUCCAAUAUGCCAUUGAUCAACACGACUCAAAUGGAAGGCAUGGAUGAAUUUUAUUGGGACCAUUUCGCCCCUUCCGUUCCCAUGUCCACUUACCUGGUGGCUUUCAUCGUUGCCAAUUUCACGCAAGUCCCAGCCGACGUUGGCAACGCUAAUUGGAAGUUCAACAUUUAUGCACGUCCUUCGGCUCGCAAUCAAGCUCAGUAUGCCAGUGAAAUUGGGCCAAAGAUCCAAGCGUUCUUCGAGGAUUAUUUCCAAAUUCCAUUCCCGUUGCCUAAGCAGGACAUGAUUGCCAUUCCCGAUUUUUCUGCAGGCGCUAUGGAAAACUGGGGUUUGAUUACCUACAGAGAAACUGCAUUGCUCUACGAUGAGAAGAAAUCGUCUGUUGGCAACAAGGAGCGAGUAUGCGAGGUUAUAGCGCACGAGUUAGCUCAUCAAUGGUUCGGCAACCUCGUUACCAUGGACUGGUGGAGCGAUUUAUGGUUGAACGAAGGUUUUGCCAGUUACGCUGAAUACCUGGGAUCCGAGCACGUAGAACCUGGUCUCAAAUGGCUCCAACAGUUUGUGACGAGGGAUCUCCAGGAUGUGAUGAGCUUGGACGCACUCGAAUCUAGCCAUCCGAUUAGCGUCGUCGUUCACCAUCCCAAUGAAAUUAACGAAAUUUUUGAUCGAAUCUCUUACGGUAAAGGUGCAACGAUUAUCCGCAUGUUGGCCGCUUUCCUCGGCGAGAAAACCUUCAGGCAAGGACUCAGCAAUUACCUGAAAUCCCGUCAAUACGGGAACGCCGUUCAAGAUGAUCUUUGGGAUGCUCUAACAAAACAGGCCAAAGUUAACAAGGUCCCCAUACCCACCGGAGUCAAAGAAAUCAUGGACACAUGGACCUUGAAAAUGGGUUUCCCGGUCGUUACAGUGACCCGGGAAUAUGAUAACAACACCGUUCUAAUUAACCAGGAACGCUUCUUGAUGCAACGAUCCAAUGCCAGUAUCCAGGACAAGACCGUUUACCUUUGGUGGGUCCCUCUUACGUACACGGCCGACUUCCAGACUAUCGGAUCCACCUGGUUAUCUGACGGUCAGACUAGCAAAAAGCAUGAACUAAGCAUCCCUAUCGAUAAAAGCCAAUGGCUCAUCUUUAAUGUUGAUCAAAUGGGAUAUUAUCGCAUCAAUUACGAUGCACGUAACUGGCAAUUGAUUGGCCAACAGUUGAUGACGAAUCAUUCUGCCAUUUCCGUAAUUAAUCGAGCUCAAAUCUUGGACGAUGCUUUCAAUUUGGCCGAAGCUGGCCAAUUGGACUACAUGACCACUUUGAAUCUAACUCGCUAUCUGGAACACGAAAGUGAUUACGUUCCUUGGGAUGCUGCCCUCUCUGGCAUGGGUUCCAUCUCGUCUAUGAUGUCUCGCACUUCGGGUUACGGCCUGUUGAAAAAACAUUUCCGAACAAUCAUCACACCGUUGUACAACAAGUUGGGAUUCGAUCAGAAGAUAGACGAGGAUAUUCUCAUGACCAAGCUGCGUGCCAGUGUCGUCACUUGGGCGUGUUCCAUGGGUAACAAGGACUGCAUUAGUCGGGUCGUCAACUCCUACGCCCAAUGGAUGGCUGAUCCCGAGAACGUUGACAUCAUUUCGCCUAACCUUAAAGGACCUGUCACAUGCGCGGCCAUCCGCGAAGGAGAUGAAGCCGAAUGGGAAUUUGCCCUGAAUCGUUACAUGUCAAGUAAUGUGGCCAGCGAACAAGCUGUUCUUCUUGCUUCCAUGUCCUGCUCUGAAAAGCCUUGGAUUUUGGCUAAGAUGUUGGAAAUGAGUCUCAACUCAACAUCUGGAAUUCGUAAACAAGACGCAGCUCGAGUUAUUAGCCAAGUAGCUUACAAUUCACUUGGUCGCUACAUGGCUUUCAAUUUCAUCAGGGACAAGUGGGACGAAUUACGUAAAGUAUUCCCUACAGGUUUCAGCUCAAUGUCGGGCAUCAUUAAAGCGGUAGCAGCGUCGUUCAACACCGAUCUGGAAUUGAAGGAGCUGAUGCAGUUUAGAGAUGAACGAAGUGCAAGUCUCGGUGGAACGGAACGAGCCAUGCAACAGUCGAUUGACCGGGCCAAGAACAAUCUCAAUUGGAUGAGACAAAACUAUGAAAAAGUGGUGGAUUGGCUCCAGCGCGUCUACUAAAUUGGCAAAUGCCAAAUCCUGAUACCUUUUCUUAAUUUUGUUUGGCCUUUCUUUAUUAUUUUCAUAUUUACUUGUAUCCAGACAAUCAAAUCAUUGCCGAUUUUUCAGAGGAAACGGCUAAGGAAAUCAGGAAUUCCCUUUUGCGUUUUGAUGCUGUAUGGUCUAGCAGUUAUAAACAAGUUCUAUUAUUAAUGAUCGAUGAUUGAUAAAUCAGUAAGGGUUUUCAUCGAAGGCACGGGUGCCAAUAUUAUAUGUACAAGUCGAUGGAUGACAGUAAACAGUUUUCGUUGUA